CAGGAGUCAGUGUGACAGAUAAGAACGAGGAUGACUUGUCUCCCUCUGAAUGUCCGUUGAGCAGAGAAAGAGAGGAAGUGCACCAGGGUGUCAGGCAAGGCAGCUCCCUGCUCCCACACACACACACUUACUCCCCAGACCCCACAGUCUGGCCGCGCCAGAGGAAGUGUGUGUAUUCAAGAGUCUCCCAAACAAGGUAUGCGUUCUUCCCUGGGACCAGUGGAACCUGGGACGGGCUGAAUUCUGACAGCUACCUGAACCUGUGUUAUUCUCCUCAUCCCUUUUCUACUUUGUUUACAGACCUCGAGGGCUCGCUGACCCAGACAGCAUGGAGAAGCUGACUGGGAACGACAAGGAGCUGAUCCGAGGGAGCUGGGAGAGUCUGGGAAAGAACAAAGUUCCGCACGGCGUUGUCUUGUUCUCCAGAUUGUUUGAACUGGAUCCCACGCUCCUCACCCUCUUCAACUACAACACCAACUGUGGCUCGGCUAAAGAGUGUCUCUCCAGCCCUGAGUUCCUGGAGCAUGUCACCAAGGUGAUGCUGGUGAUCGAUGCAGCAGUCAGUCAUCUGGAUGAUCUUCACACCCUGGAGGACUUCUUACUCAACCUGGGGAGGAAACAUCAGGCUGUGGGCGUUCAUACCCAGUCAUUCGCUCUCGUGGGAGAGUCUCUGCUCUACAUGCUGCAGUGCAGUCUGGGCCAGGCGUACACAGCUCCGCUGCGCCAGGCGUGGCUCAACAUGUACAGCGUCGUGGUGGCGGCCAUGAGCCGGGGAUGGGCCAAGAACGGCGAGCGCAAAACCGACUGAGAGACGCUUCGCAAUCUGCCCGGCCGUGGCUGUCAAUCACCCUGCAGGGUUGCCAUGGAGCCAGGUUGUGUCAGUUACAACGUGGGGGGGUUUGAAUGCUGUUCCCACUGGUCACAUAGUGUCGUCAACGGAUGGGUGUUAUCGCGCUCGACGUACACAAACGAUACGCGGUGAUGCUCACAGAAUUAAUAGCUUUUUUCUGCUGUGGAUGUUGUAGCUGUCAGACAAGGCUGCUGUGAGGUAGUGGGAUGUUGUGUGUGUCCGCCUGCUUUGGAUUUUGAGUCUCCAGUCUGAGGUUCCUCAAAGCAGCUGGGUCGUUAGCUAAUGUUAGGGUUGAACUUGCUUUGUAUAUAUUGGCUUGAUAUAUCUACUCAAAUAAUAACGAUGACUGUGGUGGUCUUUGUGAUGUAACCUUUCUAGUCUCACAGCUGUCAGAUUGUGGAUGUACUGCUAGUCGUCUACGCUCCAGCGUUGAUCUUUACUGAGUUUGGUACCGGCAGCUCUCCAUCAGACUCUGGACAGUGAUUUACCUAAGCACAUUCGAAACUUGAAUCAAAACGACACGGUUUCAUUUCACCCGGAGUGAUGACUCGUAGUCACGGUGACGCCCGCGGUAGCUACAGCAUUAAGCUUCGACGUUUGUGACAAAGUCUCACACUGGAUGUGAUCACAAGCCAUUAACGAUACUUAAGAAAUGCUUCUUAAUGUAAAUUGACAAGAACUGUUACAACAUUCAAUAGAUUUUUUAUGUGAUCUAGAUGACUGUUAAGGUGACCAUUUGCACCUCUUUGGCGCUCUCUGACUGUUGAUGUAUCAAGGUUAUAAACCCUUACAGGAGGCCUAUUAUCAAACUUCUGUUGGAUUGAACUGACUGUUACAUAUUAUAGAUAGACUGUUCUCUGUGUCCUUGGAGUACUGAUGUAAUAGAACUCUUUGCUUGAGGGUGUUGAUUAGAUUAAGACACUGUACUGAAUAAUGCUAUCGUACAGAAAUAUGUGUGUGUGUGUGUGUGUGUGUGUGUGUGACAGAGAGUGUGUAAAACAUGUUGUAGCCACUCUUGUCUCUAACCUGGCCACAAAUAUGACAAAGGCUUUCUCAAUCACAGUCUUUAGAAGCCAGACUUUUAUUCUUGUUUUCCAACACCCCACUACUGCAAAGACGAUAUGAUAUUUGAGCUGUUUCUGUAUUGUAGUUGAUCAGGAGAACAGCUCUAAUACGUUCACUGAUGAACAGUAUAUAUGACAUACACUUUAUAUCUGAUAAUACUGAAUUGGUUAGAAAAGUUUGUGUCUUUUUUGCUGCUAUAAACAAAUGUGUAUA